AUGCUAGUCGGCACUGCCACUUCGAUUACUUCCAAAUCGGUCAUUUCACAGUAAGUUUUAGAAUUAAAAAUAUUUUUUAAUUUCUAUUUUAGCUUGACUAACAUAAUUUAAAAACUUGGCUAAAAAUGUGACUUCAGACCUCUAGUAAUCAACAAAACUCACGAUGUUCUAACUGAAAUUUAUCAACGUAACAUUGUGAUUAAAAACUACAAAAACUGCGUUGGUCAAGUGGAAAGUCGGCUAGUAUUACCGCCAAACUUUCGAGGCAAAAACGAAGAUGAUCCAAAGGAAUUGAUCAUCACUGUCAAUCGACCAAGAUUUGUAAGGCUUUUUCAAUUUAUUUAUGAAACUUGAGCUUUCAAUUGGUCAAAAAGUUUGUAGAAUAUACGCCUAAAAGGCCCGCUAGGCUUGAUUCGGUCUCGAUUUUUUUUAAGUUUGCUAUUUUCAGUAAUAAUUUAAUUUUUCAGCCAGGCCGACCAAUGGAGAUAAUUCUCGAUGGUGUCAACCCAAAAUGGUCGUCUUACAAAUGUGCGGUACGACGAUCUGAUAACGAAAGCGAUGAUCUCGAGUUUGUAGACGUUAAGUUUGUGCAGGAAAUCAAUGGAGAUGGCAAGGUUUUGGUGGGUUUUUGAUGUUACAACUUAUCAAACAUUAUAUUAGGUUAGAGUAGAAAUUUAAAAAGUUAUAUAUUGUAAACACUACGUUUUAAAAAAUAUUAAUUUUAGUUUUACUUCUGUAUGAGGGGCUUUAUUAAAAUUAGAUUUGAAAGGCUAGGUCAAACCAAAUUUGAAAAAAGUUCGCUCGGGUCGGAUUGUGCGAGCCUAAAGGCCUGACCUAACUAACAAUUUUGAGGGCUUCAGGGGCCAACCUAAGCCCCAAAAAAUCUUUUUUGUUGGAAGAAGUAUAAAAUCGAAGAAGUACGGUACAUUUUUCCUGUUAUUAUUUCGAUGAAUUUAUAUAAGGAGUCGAACCGGGCUAAAGACUAUUUGGAAAGGAAAAAGUUGACUUGUCUUGACUCUUUUACAGACCUAGUAACAACUAUAACAAAUUUUUAUAACUUUUUUAAAAACACUUUUUGUUGUAAAAUACGUUGUUCGCAAAGUGCAGAAUUUUUUUAAAAAGUAAGUUAGAUUUAGACUUAAUAUGUUUUUUUUUAAAAAGCUAGUUUUAAAAUUUUCUAAAAUUAUUUUUCAAAUAACAAUUUUAAGUCGAGUUUUGUAGAGUGGGGUAUUCAAAGAGCAACUGCGUGAAGAUCUUUGUCUACGACUAACGAUUACUGUGGCUGAGCAUGUCAAUGAAAGUCAGCCGGCUAAAAAUGCUGUAAGAUCUUAUUUUUUUUAAAUAUUUUUUAUUUGAAAAUUUCUUUUUAUUUUUUUAAUCUUUAAUUUUGAAACUGAAAAAUUUUAUAUUUUAAAAUGUUAAAAAAUAUUAUUUUAGCUAAACCCCCAACCGAUCAAUUUGGCCAAGAACUUUAUGAAGGAGCAAUAUUCUGACUUCAAGAUCGUUUGUUCUUAUGAAAAUGAAGAAGAACGAGUGAUCCCAGUCCACAAGAACAUAUUGGCUGCUGCAUCAUCGUAUUUUAGAGCAAUGUUCAAUGAUGAUACGAUGGAGUCACAGGAGGGUCAAGUUACUUUGACAAUGGUGCCUUACAAGGUAAAAUACUACUUAUUUUGUGGUUAUAGAGUUGUGUGGGACAUACCGACGUAUUUUACAAAAUAUUAUAUUUAGACAUUCAUACCACAGUAAAUUUUGUUCAUAUUACUUAUAAUACAGUAAAUUUUGAUCAUACUAUGCAGUAUAUACGUACAGUAUAUACCCUUUUCAGGCCUUAGUUGAAAUCCUCUACUGUAUAUACCAUGGUGAACAUAGUCCAGCCUUCAAACCCAAUGCUAUUGAUGUUAUUGUAGCCACCGACUUCUUGGGACUAGUACAAUUGAAAGAGUAUACUGCCAGAUUCUUGGGUGACAACAUUGAUGAAGGAAAUGUGUUUAAAAUUAUUGAAAUCGCAUCCAAAUUGAAUGGACUGAACUGGCUGAUCAAGAAGGCUUGCUUGUUUGUGAAAUACGAGAUCAAUGAUAAAGAGGCGGUGAGUUUGAAGAAAAAUUGAAUUUAUAGCCAACAAGGAGAGACUUAUACUUACGUGUUUAUAUUCUUAUGCAAGUAAACAGCUUACAAGGAAACUACCCGACCUAUUCCAUUUUGAUUGACCUCAAACUUUUGAGUUUUUUGUCAAAUUGGCAUUGUGUCUCAAGCUUAUAACAUUGUCAUUUUUUGACUUUUAAAUAUUUUUUCUAUGGUAUCUAGUAGAAAACCUUUGAAUAGGCCUAAAUUUUUAAACGUAGUUUGUCUGGAAAGUUAAAAAAAAGUGCUUAAAACACAAAGCCAAAGUUGCCAAUUUGCCGAAAAAUUCAAAUAUUUAGAUUGUAAAACUUAAAAGCGCGAAUUAAAAACUGAAAUUUAUAACUAUUGGUAUCAUUGGUGGUACAAAGAAUUCAUAUAAAAAUUUUGAGCUGAUGUUGAGCUGUGCAGAUUGGGUACUUUCCUUAUAAGCCUUGAAUUUUUUAAAAUUUAUUUUUUCAGAAAACUCAAUUCUCUACGUUAUUACGACAAAGUCCUGAACUUACCAUUGCUUUACUUCAGCUGAUCUAA